UCUUCUUUUACCAACAUGAAAAUAUUUACAAGUCUUCAAUUAUUAUUUUGUUUAAUUACAUUAACAUUAUCAUUACCAAGGCACAAAAGAGAUGUUAAUGAAAAUAUAGAAAAUAUUCAACCAGAAAGUAAAUUGGAAGAAUCGAAUUUACAUAAAGAGGAAGAAACUCAUUUACCUAAAUUAGAUGCCCCAAAAGAAACACCACAAGAAAAAUUACCAGCAAUAACAGAACCUACAAAUGAAAUUACAAAUGAAACAAAAAAUCCAAAAGAAUUUAAUUAUGCUAGUCUUCAGUCACAAGUAAUUGCAAUAAAUAUUUUGAAAGAUAAUAUUGAAAAUCGUGGAAAUGAAGUGUUUUCACCAUUGGGAAUUUCAACAAUAUUAGCUAUACUUGCUGAAGGUUCAACUGGUGAUACAUAUAAGGAAUUCGAAGAUGCUUUAGGAUAUCCAAAUGAUAAAACUGUGUUACGUGAAUCAUUUAAUAAUAUACUUCAGGCAUAUAAAAAAAAUGACUAUGAUAUAAAUCCAUCUUUUAAAACAUGGUUCUAUAUAUAUCGCAAUAAUACAGCUAAAGAUAAUUUUAAAGAAAUCUUAAGAACUUAUUACAAUGCAGAAGUUAAAGAGAUCGAUAAUAAUGAUUUUGAUUGGGAUGAACCAAAAACAUCCCCUGAUGAAAUGAAUGAAAAUGAUUUGCGUCAAAUUACAAAUUUAAAAACAGGAGCAACAUCAAAUGUAACACCAUCUGUAUCUGACAAUAAAGAGCAAUCUUCUAAUAGUGAUCAAUCAGAAAUUAACGAUAAAAAUAACAGCAAGGAUAUAAUUGGGUUUGAAGAUUUAAAAAAAUCUAAUUUUAUUGAUGAGAAACGUUCAGAAAUAGUAGAAUCAGAAUUAAAACAUUUACCACUCUCCAUUUCACCAUUAUCUCCUACAAAGUCUUCUGAAGCAAAAGAAAUAAAACAAUCUGAAAAGGAUAUUGUAAAACCUUUACAAAAAGAUGAUAAGGAUAACAAUGCUGUUGAAAAAGUUAUAAUAAAAGAAACAACAAAAAUCAAUGAUGUGAAUCAAAAUGGAGAAAUUAUUGAAAUUGAGAAAGAAGCUUCAAAAUUUGAUGCAGUUGUUGAUGAUAAACAAUAUGUAGAAGUGCCUAUUAUCAAAGCAGAAAUCGCAAAAGAAAUGGAAGAGACACGUAAUCGUGAAGAAAAAGAAUCGCCAAUAAAAGAAGAAACUGAAAAAGAAGAAUCAUCAUCGCAACCAAUGUUACAAUUAGAACUAAUAUUACCAGCUACUGAAUCAAAAGAAACAGAAAAAGUAAAAACAGAAAAUGAAAUUGAUAAAAAAAUUGAUGCAGAUGCUGAAUCAAAUAUCAUUGAUGCAGUUGUAAAAGAAAUUAGAGCAGAAAAACUAGCUUUAAAUGAUUAUUUCAAAGAAUCAAAUAAUGAAGAAACAAAAUCAGAUAUUAUAGAAGCAGAAGCAGCUGCACUAAAUGAAUUAAAAAAAGAAGAAAAACUUAUUGAAUCUGUUAUCUUGAUAAAAGAACCGAAUUCCCAAGAAAGCAAUGUACCAAUUGAGGUACCAUUAGAAAAUCCCGAUAUUAAUCAAAUCCGUAGAAUAGAUUUGAUUGAUAUAAAUGAUGAAGAGAAUGAAACCAUAAGUCAAGAUGAAAAAAUUAGUAAUUUGAGAAAGCAUAACAAAGAAGAUGGAAAUGAAAGCGAUAACAUCGAAACUGUUGUGUUUGUAGAAUCAAAGGAACCAGAAAAAAUCACAUUAUCCAUUAAAAAAUUUGAUGAAGAUAAUGGGGAAAUAAUGGAAGCAGUUGAAACCAGUUUUACAAAACGAAAGAUUGAACCGCGUUCCUUACUACAAAAAGAUGACAUCGCAUCAGCAUUAAGUGCCAAUUCAAUAUCAGGACGUGAUAAUCCUUCAAAAACUAAAAUGCUUUUAUUUAACGGAUUAUAUUAUAGAGGUAAUUGGGCGCAUCCAUUCAUGGAAUUACGAUGUGAUAUAAUGGAAUCAUUCACAAGUAUUGAUGGUAAAGCAAUUCCAAGUAGAAUAAUGACAACUCGUGGUAGUUUUAGAAUGGCAAAAUUAGAAUCAUUAGAUGCUGAUGCACUUGAAUUACCAUAUGAAAACGAAAGAUUUUCAUUUGUAAUAAUUGUGCCAAAACAAAAAGAUGGUCUAGAACGUUUAAUAGAAAAACUUCAACCUGUUGAUCUACAAAUGCUACAGACACGUUUAACAGAUACUUUAACAACAAUUAAUUUACCUAAAUUUGAAAUAGAGCAAACGUCACGUUCUGAAAAGACAUUGAAACGUCUUGGUAUUAACAAAAUAUUUUCAGCUUAUACAUCAAAUAUGGCAGAUUUAUCUGAUGAACCUGGUCUACAUGUCGACGAGGUUGUUCAACAUGUCAAUUUAAGAGUUGAUGAAGGUGCUGCUUCAGCAAAUGCUCUCUCAGCAUCAAAUUCCCUUGGUAGAUCAAUAUUAGAAAAUAAAAAAGAAGAUGACGAUGAAAGACAUUUUGAUGUAAAUCGACCUUUCUUAUAUUUCAUAAUGGACCGUGCAAGUAAUUUCGUAAUAGUGGCAGGAAAACUAAUGGAACCACAAAUAAAGGAAGAAUUUGGAUUCGAAAAUUUUAAACACACAUACAAAAUGUUGAUGACCACUACGACGACAGCAGUUUUAUUUUUGAUUUCUCUAUUGUAUAUUUGCGAACCGACCCUUGGAGAAAAGGAAACUUUUUCUUUAUUUGGUGGGCAGCUUACAUGUGAAUGUACUCGUGCACAAAGUAAACAUUCCAAACGCUCAGCCCAAUAUUAUCCAAAUCAACAUAAUAUUUUUAUUCCAACAGGCCGAGCACCACAAUAUGAUCCAAGACCAGUAUAUGAUCCUCUGUCACAAACAAUUAAUAGAAGAGAACCAGAAAUUCGACACGGUGAUGACUUUGGUGAAGUUCAACAGAAAAGAGCCUCAAAUCCAAUUACCUCAUUCAGCUUAGAUCUUUUAAAAAAUAUAGGAUAUCAUCAAAAUAAAAAUUUAAUAUUAUCACCAAUAUCAGCACAAUUUUUAUUGUCAUUAUUAGAAAAAGGUGCAAAUGGUAAAACAAAGAAUGAAUUACAAGUUGUUACUCGUUCAAAAGGUAGUGAACAAUUGAAUGGUGUAUUAAAUGCCAACUCAGAAGGAUUACAAUCAGCUGCUGGAAUUUUCUAUGAAAAUAAUAUAGAAAUAAAUGAUAGUUAUAGACAAAAAGUUGAAGGAUUAGCCAAAUUUCAAGGAUAUGAUUUCAGAAAUAGUAAUACUAAAAGUGAAAUAAACAAAUGGGCAUCAAGACAAACAGGAGGUCAUAUAAAAAAUCUAAUACCAGAAAAUUAUGAUUUGGAAGGUGUAAACUUAGUUCUUGUGUCAGCCAUUUAUUUCCAUAAUACAUGGAAAUUUAAAUUUGAACCUAUUGGUAAUAAACAAUUUUACACUGGAGAUAAAGAAACGGUGAAUGUACCCUUUAUGGAAUUUACACAAAACAUUCCGAUAUAUGAACGCAAAAUUGGCGGAAUAAACUGCACAAUUGUCAAUUUACCUUAUGAAAAUGAACGGUACUCAAUGGUAUUAAUUGUUCCAUCACUUUCAAGUUCUGUAAAAGAUCUACUUAGUAAAAUGGAUUCUAGUUCUUUAGACGAAAUAUUUGCAUCACUCGAUGAAACUUUCCCGAGAUUUACAAAACUUCAAAUGCCGAAAUUCUCCUUAAAAUCCAUGGAAUCUUUGGUGGAACCAUUGAAAAGGAUGGAAUUAAGAGAUGUUUUUGGAGGACAGAGUAAUUUAGCAGGAAUAACAAAAUCAACAAAUUUAUAUGUUAGUGACAUUUUACAACAAGCAACAUUAGAUGUUGAUGAAAACGGUACUGUUGCUGCUGCAGCGACAAGUGCCCUUUUAAUUCCUUUGAGUGCAGGUGCGAGACCCAACCCUAAGACUGUCACAAUUAAUAGCCCGUUCAUAUCGAUUAUACUUGAUCAACAGCAACACACACCACUAUUUAUAAGUGUAGUAAAUAAUCCUGCAUUGUAGUUUGUAAUACAAAAUACAAUUUUUAUGAAAUUAUUAUAAGUCUUGUUCUAUUUUAAUAAUAUCGAAAAAUAACGAAUUAGGAAUAAAAAAUUAUGUUCUUAAAAGAUGAAA